AUUAUUGUAAGAUGAAUUAUAUAUUAUUUUGAAAGCACUUAUCCGAUUCCGCCACAAUUGCCUUGUCUUAGUUGAAAUGGCUUCUGCCGACACAGAAGAGAAGGUGGCAGUAGUGACAGUGGCAGAGAUACCAACCUAUAUCAAAGUUUUGAGCGACGGCACCGUGGAACGCCCAAGACAAGCACCCUUGGUGCCACCCUCAAACCCCGACCCUCAAACAAAAGUCUCCUCCAAAGACGUUAUCAUCUCACACAACCCCACAAUCUCCGCUCGCCUCUACCUUCCAGAACUCGAGGGCCAACACCACAAAGUUCCAAUCUUGGUCUACUUCCACGGUGGCGGCUUCUUCUUCGAAUCCGCUUUCUCCCAACUCUACCACCACCACUUCAACACCUUCGUUUCCCUAACCAACUGCAUCGUAGUUUCCGUGGAGUACAGGCUCGCCCCGGAGCACCCUCUCCCCGCCUGCUACCACGAUUGUUGGGACGCUCUCUCGUGGGUCGCCUCCCAAUCUUCAAACAACGCAGAGCCCUGGCUCAUUCACGGCGAUUUCAACAGAAUCUUCAUCGGGGGUGACAGCGCAGGUGGCAACAUUGUUCACAACGUUGCAAUGCGUGGUGGGAGCGAGGCUUUACCUUGUGGAGUUAAACUAGUUGGAGCUAUCUUCUCCCACCCUUACUUCUGCAGUUCGUAUCCGAUUGGGUCGGAAUCUGGCACAGGGCAUGAGCAGAGUUUACCCUACGUGGUUUGGAAUUUCGUGUACCCUUCUGCGCCUGGUGGCAUUGAUAACCCCAUGGUAAACCCCCUCGCUCCUGGGGCUCCUAGCUUGGAUAAACUUGGGUGUUCCAAGAUUAUUGUGUGUGUGGCUGGGAUCGAUAAGUUGAGGGAUAGAGGGGUUUGGUACUACGAGGCUGUCAACAAGAGUGGCUGGCAAGGGGAACUCGAAUUGUUUGAGGAGACCGCUGAGGAUCAUGUUUAUCAUAUCUUUCAUCCUCAAUCUGAGAAAGCCAUCAAGUUGAUCAAACGCCUCGCUUUGUUUCUGCAUCACUAGAAUUGUCUUUCCCUCUUUUCUCUUCUUCUUCUAUUGUGUCAGAAUAUAUAUCAAUCAUAAAAUGCUUCCUUUCCUUUCUUAUGCUUGUUAAACCACAAGAUAUUGAUUUCUCAGCUUUCUCAUUUCUCAUUCGAUCUUCUUUCUUUCUUUUCGCCUUUUGUAACUGUUUGGUUUGACUUCCCUCUUGUGGUAAAAUUUACCCGUGGGUUUUUUUCCUUUCUUAUAACGUCGAAAAUUGAUGUAUAUUUUUAUAAGGAUAUUAAUUAAUUCCUUCCAUGCACCUUCUGGGUUUGGGUGCCUUUUGUCCA